UUAAACUCCAGAACUGGAUCUGAUGUUGUCAGGAGUUUAAACUUUCAAUACAUAUCUGGAAUUAUGAUAUACUUCAUAGUGAAUGCAGAACUGGCAACAACAUCAGUAAUGAAUGUUGACCCGCCUUCAAAUGUUAAGGUUAAUGAUCUUGGAUAUUUGGGACUGAUGGAUGUAACCUGGGAGCCACCCAUUUCACUAAAUAACAGUCAGUGCAUAGCACGAUAUGAAUUACAACACUAUGAUACUAACGAACAGCGUUGGAAGUCAGUUAGGACGAAGCAACAAAACUACAGAGCUGCAUUUAAUUUUGGGAAGGAAAUUGUCAUAAAAAUUCGAACAUACUUGAAAGGAGAAUGUACAGAUGAUAAGGAAAUAUGGAGCAAGUGGAUACAAAUAAAUGAAUCCAUUCCUCUGCAAGGGGAUCCUGAAUCGAGUGUUAAAGAUUUUUACUGCAUAUAUUACAAAUUUGAAACACUGAGAUGUGAGUGGAAAACUGGAAAACUCAGCAAUGGCAAUUACGAGUUACAAUACUGGCAAGUGGGAAUGUCUGAGAAAAAGACCUGCAAUCACUACUUGAAAACAAUUGGAAAGAACACUGGAUGCAUAUUUGAAAGGCAGGAACUUCAGCUGUUCUCUAAUUUGUUUGUUUGUGUCACUGGAAUCCCUGGCAUGGAUCCAAUCAGACCUUCAUACUUUUCUUUCCAGCUUCAAAAUAUAGGUAAACCUGGUCCUCCAGAAGAUGUAAAUAUCAGCAAACGCCAAGCUGAUGAAUUCACAUUGGAUUGGACACCACCCAAUGGCAAAAUUCCUUCACGCUGUUUAGAAUAUGAAAUUCAGUAUAAAGACCAAACAGGCAAUUGGAAGACAAUUGCAGAACAGACAGAGUUUAUUCAUAGCUUUAACAUGUCUAUGCCUUUGCCUGGAUUCUGUGUCCGUAUCCGAGGCAAAACAAACAGAUACUGUGCAGAUGAUGGAUAUUGGAGUGAUUGGAGCUCCGAAAGCUGUUGGAAAGAGUCAUCGCCAAUACCCGAGAUGCCUAACAUGAAGUGGAUCUACUGCAUUGGUGUUUCAGCAACAGUUCUGUUGGGUUUCUUUGUGAUUGCAAUGCUUUAUGUAGUUAGGAAGAAAAAGCACUGGUCAGAGAAGUUACAGCACAAAGCUAAAGAAAUAGUGUACUGA